AUGAAAUUCGCUUUGGUUUUUUUCGCCGUAGCGGCGUUAGUCAGUGCUGAUGAUAGUGAUAACACCAUGGAGACGGCAAUUAAUUUUAUCAAGGACUGCAAAGGAGAUUACUUCCUAUGUGUCAAGGAGAAGAUGCUGAGAAUUGUGGACAAUGUCAGAGCUGCACGGAGUCUUACUAUUGUUGACGGAGUCGUGUUGAAAGGUGAACCCAGUUUGCGAUCAGCUAAGCAGCUAGAGCCUCUCCCAGUUGACCCCGUCGCAAGAGACACUGAAGUCAAUUACAGAUUGUUAGAUGGAGUCGUCAACCUUUUCGAAACUCAUGCCCUCGAGGUGAAAAUGAACGAAGCGGACAAAGAAACCUUUAAACGCUCUUUGGAAGAAGGUCGUGGUAAGAAAAAGGGAGGCAGCGGAAUGGGCGGUAUCAUUGGUCUUCUCGGAGCCAAGCUCUUAUUAGGAAAGCUGUUUAUCGUCAAACUGAUCGCUCUGAAAGCUUUAGCCACCGCUAAAAUCGCCUUAGUACUCGCUGUAGUUCUCUUUGUCGCCUACUGCUUCAAACAGGACCACACAAAGACCACCUAUGAAGUAGUACCACACGCCCACCACCACGAGUCCCACCACCCUGUCCACGUAGAACACGUCGCUCAUGACCUCGGCCAUGGCCACGGGUAUUCCGGCUAUGGAUCUGACUGGAGCAAAAACAUCGAUGACGGCCAAAACCUAGCGUACUCCGCGUACUCCCCCCACUAA